AUGAGUGGGAUAAUAGCCGACUCCUUCAUCUCGGACUCCACGGACUUCUGCUCCAAACUCAAGAACACCACCGAUCCAGAUCAAAUCAUCAGUUACGACGUAGUAGACUUCUUCACCAACGUACCCAUAGAUGACACUCUGCAAGUUCUCCUCCGUCGCAUCACUGAAACUCCUCUUGAAACUAGCUUAACCACCGAAUCUAUCAUCGCCCUCACCACCGCCUGUAUCUCCUCUACCUACUUCGCCAGGGGCGACGAGUACCAUCAAGAGAUACACGGCCUACCCAUGGGAUCCCCACUGUCUCCUAUACUUACUGAAAUCUACAUGACCUACUUCGAACAACAAGCCCUCACCACAUCACCCGUUCCAACCUAUUUGCUGUUCACCAUCGAAAUAGAAAAGGACAACCGACUACCCUUCCUAGAUGUCCUCGUCUCCAGAAGCCCAACAAACAGAAUCCAAACCAGUGUCUACCGGAAGCCCACCCACACCGACCAGUAUAUCCACUUCAACUCCAACCACCCUCUUAGAACCAAGACUGGCAUCAACUCCACCCUCACCAAACGAGCCAUCAACCUUUCUACUGCUGACCCCAAACCUGAGAUCGAACACGUCCGCCAAGUCUUCACCGACCUCAACAAUUAUCCACCCAAUCUCGUCGACAAAGUCAUCGCCUCUGUACUCUAUCCCACACCCAGACCUGCGACCCUUAAACCCGAAUCAGCGCCCUUCCGCAUCGCCCUCCCGUUCAUAGGAAAAGCCUCCCACAUCAUCAGCCGCCUCCUCAAACAGCAAGCCAACAUCAUCACCCACUUCACCAGCUCCAACUCCCUCAACACCCUGCUAAGAGCCAACGGCAGUAACACAACCAAACCCCAAGAGCCUAAAGGUGUAGUUUACACAAUUGACUGCAACUGUGGACAAUCUUACCGAACACUGUACCGAGGGUGA